GAAGCAAGAGUCAAGACCCAGUUGAUACAUCCAUAUAAACUCUUCAUCUACAGAACAGAAGGAGCUCAGUGGCGCCGUUCAUGAUUUAGGUCUUCGUUAGUCCAAUCUCCUUCCAGGCGACAUGUUUUCCGGCAUAAAGCUAGGAUUCACUUCUGUCAACUUAUUUGAGUACGAAUUCUUCGAUAGAAUUCCAGUGAGUUUGAGGAGUUUUUCUCUCGGAACGUUUCCAGAUUCCAGUGUAUUUCCUCGCGGCCUUGCUUUCCUCCGCCAACGUUGGUUGGGAUCCGAUUGGCGCACGCUCGUGAUCUGGUCGGUCGAAGUUGGCGUAGCCAUCACGAUCGGUUUAAUCGCUUGGUCGCAUUACUCGGAAUUGAAGGACGCGGGAAAGCGCGGAAGCGGUUGUGCUAAGUUAAGGGACGAGGAAUUGCUGGAAUUUGAGGCCGAAUCGGCGGUGUUGGCCUCGACGCUUCUCUUCAAUGAUGCAUUUCUAAAUGCUAAAGUAGGUGGAAUUGUUCCAGAAUCAGAUGCCCAGUAUGCAGAAAAUUUGCAGGUUCAAGAAGCACUCUUGGCUUCCCUAGAAAACGCCGCAUCCUCUUCCAUCCAAACAAGAAACAUUUUGAAUAGUGAGCGAUGCCGAAGCGUCUGUGGCAUUUGCUUCGAAGAGAAACAAAAUCGCCAAAUGUUCAGGAACAUAAGUUGCUCUCACUCCUUUUGCUACAAUUGCACAAGCAAACACAUAAUAGCAAAGAUCCAAGAUAACAUAAACAAGAUCCCAUGCCCUGGAGUAGAUUGUAAAACCCAGUUAGAUUUUGAUGCUUGCAGAAGGAUCAUCCCGAAACACAUCCUUGUCCAGUGGGACGAGUCCCUUUGCAAAUCACUGAUCCCCGAGUCCCAGAAACUGUACUGCCCUUUCCGAGAUUGUUCAUCCAUGCUGGUUAAUGACUCCGGGAAUGUCAUAAAUCAGAUCGACUGCCCUGCCUGCCGGCGAUCAAUCUGCGCGCGAUGUCGAGUCCCGUGGCAUUUGGAAUUCACAUGCAAGGAGUUCAGGAAGCUGAGUGCAAAGAGAAAGGGGAAGGAUGAUGCCAUGGUGAAGGAACUUGCUAAGAAGAAGAGCUGGAGGAAAUGCUCCAACUGCAAAACAUACGUGGAGAAGACAGAGGGCUGUGUGCACAUGACUUGCAGGUGUGGAUAUGAAUUCUGCUAUGGAUGUGGGUCAAAUUGGACCAAAUGUCGUGGAGCCUGCAACUGCACGUGAGCAACCUAAGAUCCAGAGACUAAUGCAUAGAGAUGAGAUGUUUGUAUAAACUGGUAUGACUAUAUUGAGUUGGGUAAAUUUCAUAGAGACAUUUUCUAUGAUUUA